AUGAAGGGUUUCACUCUCGGAUUGGCAUCUCUGGGCCUUGCUAGCGCCGCCGUUAUUGCUCCCACGGAGCAGACGGUAGCCCGCCCGGGAUGCCUUGUUUCCGAUGACGGUGCCAUUCAAGACCCGGCCGUUCAAUACACAGCGGAGGCUGUCCGUCGCCAGAAUCUCCCCAGCAACUUCACCGUGGACGUCAACUUCCAUCUCGCCAGCACCGAAGCGGAGGCCGACCUUAUCACUGACGAAAUCGUCAACGCUCAGUGGGAAGUUCUCCAUGAGGCAUUCGCGAGAUAUAACAUCAACCUUGUCCUCAACUCCACCGAGCGAACCGUUGAUAAUCUUGCAGGAUCAGCAUUCCUGAUCAACGAGGGCCCAGAGAAGGGAUGGGUGUAUCACGAGGAGGAGUACAAUGCGUACCUCAAAGCCACGCGCAAGGGGGGUUAUGACGCAUUAAACCUGUACUUCUUCUCGUCUUACUCUCCUGGAGCUACAGGAUACUGCCAAUGGCCAACUCCUCUCGCGGAGACGGACGAAAUGACCUUUUACAAGGACUCCUGCCAGUUGAGCGCGAUGACAAUGCCGGGAUUUACGGCCGAUCAAGGCGCUUUCGAAUCUUGGAACCUCGGCCAUCUUGCGGUGCACGAGAGUGGACACUGGUUUGGCCUGAACCACACGUUCGCCGGCGGUUGUUCUGAGCCCGGCGACUUCGUGGCGGAUACUCCGGCUCAGAGGACCCAGGUAUACGGGUGCCCGGCUGACUCCGACUCUUGCCCGGAUCAGCCCGGUCUGGACCCAAUUCACAACUACAUGGGCUACACCGACGAUGCCUGUACGAAUGAGUUUACUCCUGGUCAGAAGGACCGGAUGUUCUCGACCUUCUUCGGUGUCCGAAGAAAGUAG